CGCACAACGAAAAAAACUUCAAUGCGCGACGAUUUUUUCCGACAAAUCAAAAUGCAACUUGAGAUUUGAGUUGUGAAGUGUGUGAGCGAGUGUGAGGUGGCCAUGAACUCCCAGAAGUUCUGUCUGAAGUGGGACAGCUUCCAGGGCACAGUGACAUCGCUAUUCGACCAGUUGCGUCAUGACGGCGAGCUGGUGGAUGUUACGCUGUGCUGUGAGGGCCAACGGGUGCGCGCCCAUCGGAUGAUGCUAUCUGCAUGCAGCCCCUACUUCCGACAGCUAAUCCAGGAAAACCCGUGCCAGCAGCUGGUGUUUUUCCUAAAGGACACGUCAGCAGAUGACCUGCGCGCCAUCAUAGAGUUUAUAUACAAGGGCAGUGUGAAUGUGGCGCAAAGUCAGCUGGCCAGCUUCAUAAAGACGGCAGAGCUGCUUCAGAUCAGAGGGCUUAGCGGCGAGGAGGACAAGCCGUCCGCCCCGGCGGCGCCGGCGGCCCUGCCCUCGCCGGCGGCCAAGCGGCGGCGCUUGUCGGACCACGAUCCGCCGCGGCCGCCGUCGGCCCCGGCGCCGUCGCCCGGCCGGCGCCCGUCGCAGUCGCCCAGCCUGACCUCGCCGUCGGAGCACUCUGCGCCGCCGUCGCCGGCUCCGCGGCCGCCGCCGCCUCCGCCUCCCGCCGCCGCUGCCGCUCCGGUGAAGGUGGAGAAGACGGACCCCAUCGAGGAGGACGGCGCGACGCUGGACGACACGCUCGGCUACGUGGCAGAGUUCGAGGGAGGCGACUACCCGGCCCGGCCGCCGCUCGACGCCCUCGCCUUCGGACAGAUGGCCGGCACAAUGAUCGCUCCGCCGGGAACCUCGCAGAGGCUAUCUGAGGACGGCUCCUCACAAGAGGACGACCGCCGCUACAGUUGUGACGUGUGCGGCCGCAGCUACCGCAGUGCCACCGCGCUCGGCGACCACAAGCACAAGCACACGGGCCUGACGGUGUGUCCGCUGUGCCAGCGCGCCAGCAGCAACGUGCCCAACCUGCGCACCCACCUGCGCUCUGUGCACGGACUGAGCCGGGAGGAGAUCUACCGCAUCAUUCCGCCGCGGCAGGGCGAGUCCGGGCCGCUGCACAGUGUGGCCGAAAGCCAGAUUAGCGCGAAUUUAAUCAAAAAACGGAUUUUGGAAUUUUGACUUUUUAUAACCAUCAGUCGAUAGGAAAUUGUCCAAAGUAUGUAAAUAUCACAAUACUUUGGUUCAAUGUCUUCCUUUCGGUGUCCAAAAAGCUAGCUAAAGUGGACAUACGCAAUGCCGGUCCCGGCUGUGCUGAAAUCGUCGAAAACCCGCGUCAUGUUUACAACACAUUUUGGCGUAAUUGUCGGAAAGGUUUGGAAAUAAUUGGAGUGGCAUAUGACUACUGAGCCUAUAUUUGAUAGUAUACCCGAAUUCUAUAGGUAUCCUUGGACUAACCGAUGAGUUAUGCUCAUUUGAAAAUGACCUUUUCAAACAUCCCCUGAAAACACUGUCCAUCUUAAAAACGUAGAGAUAUAAGAAAAUGGCCAAAAAACUCCACGUCAAAUCUACCAUGAGAAGAUUCGCCACACUUUUCUGGACAUGACCCAUUCAAGAAACCCUGCCCCAACUUGCCCCCCGGCCUUUGGCUCAGCUUUGAACGUAUCGGGUUGGCCCGCCCGGGGAGGUCCGGCUACAGGGUGGGCGGGGCGGCGACUCCGUAUACGUUACGCGGAUGGCUCAAACGCUGUAUUUCUGACUUGUUAUAUUGCAAAAUACGGUCGCCAAUGAAUAAAUCUUGACAAUUUUUCAACCCUCACCCAUAUAGGGGGUGAGGGUGGGGGUCGAAAGGACCCCUCUCGGUUUCUCGCAAAAAGCUCAUGUAAAAAGCGGCCGAUCGCGACGAAACUUUUAGUACCCUCGAGUUUAUCAAUUUUACACCUACCCAUUAAAUUUCACGACCCUGACCCCAAUGACCUUUGACCUGUGACCUAUUUCUCGAGACCAUGUUUGGCCGGAAGCGCGAUUGGGCGUAUGUUUGCUUGCAUUAGCCGCGCGUUUGCAGUCUUUUCGUGGUUUCAAGCGUCUAAACAUGUGAUAUUAUGAUGUUGGUCCCAUGCAUUAUGGUCGGUGUCAAGAUCACUUGAAGGUCAGGUCAGUUCAAUGACUUUUGAUGACUUUGGUUCACCUUUUUUAGUUUUACAUGCUUCCAGGCUAGUUUUUGGAGCUGAUUUCGAAUUUAGUAACCAUUUGAACAUUUAGGAAGAAGUUUUGGUGCCUUCGUAACGUGCAACGAAGCUGUCACUGGCGGUUGACACCUAUUAAUUAUGAAUACCCGGCAGGACUGGUUGGCCUGACCUGACCCGACCUACGUUCGCGGCUAGCAAAACACCAAUACGGGCGAGGGUUAGUGACAUGAAGGUGCUUAUGGUGUAAGUCUUUGUUUUUACUCCCAUUGCUGAGGUUCAGUUUUAUCGGUGCGUGUAUUUCAGCAACCAUCUACCGAUUCAUGUGCUUCACCAGGAACAUUCACACAGAAACAUAAUUAGAUGUUGAUUUUUUUUUCAAGCAAACUUUGGACAAUCAUAAGAAUUUACCAGAGAAAUGAUGGGAAUUUCGUAAACGAUUCCUCCUCCUAACAUGCCCAUCAUUGCUGGGACCCACAAUUUUAUGCCUCUUAUUUGCGGUUAAAUUCCAGGAUUUCGUAAUCAGAGUCGGAGUCGUUCGGAGUCAACAGUUCUGACCCUGCAGUCAGAUUCGGAAUCGGAAUCGAUUUUGGAAUCCGGACCAAGACUCGUAGCCUGAGUCACCGAAAAUCCAUCGACUGCGUGGACUUGCCAUGGCUGCGGAGUCAGAGUCCGAGUCGAUCGUAUAAGUCGACAGUUUUGCCCGGAGUCAGAGUUGAAAUUGACUUUUGAAAGCUGUAGUCGGAGUCGGAGUAACUCCAUCGACUUCACAGCCCUGGCCUGGUAAGCACAUCACCCGUCGUAAGCUAGUUCUCCUUACUUUUAGAGGCGGAACUAUGGCAUGCCAUGAUUUGUCAGCAAGCAUUUAUAAUGCAUCGUAAAAGGUCUCACAUAGGUUUAAGUGUCAAUUUUGAAACCAGGGAACCAUUUUCAACGGAUCCGAGCAGCGCUGGGAUUUAAUUCGCGCUAAACUGGUGUUUGGCCACACUGUGCGCUGGCCGCCGCCAGACAGCCCUCCGCUGCUGCGGGACCGCCCUCCGCCGGCAGACCGCCCUCCGCUGCUGCGGGGCCUCCCUCCGCCACCGCCGGCCUCCGCGGGCCGGCGCCACUCGGCGGCGGGGUGGGAUCCGUGCAGUGAGCCGAGCCCGCUCUGUGACGCCGCUCGGGACGGAGCGAGGCGUAAACUCACGUAGUUAUGUGAGCUGGCGUGACCUCAUGGAAGUGGCCUUGAUUCGGCUGGUGCGCGCAGUUUAUGUCUCAGUCUGCGUUUCUUCUUUGUGAGAGAUCAGGUGCUUCUUAAUACUCGUUAUUCUGCUAGCUAACUAGUGCCAUUGAAGUAGAAAACCCAUUUGUGUUGUGAGACUGUUUCGUAUUGUUCCGUUGCGCUUUCUCAGGUAGCUAAAGUCUUUAAGCUAUUUACUUAAGUGUGUAUGAUUUUAAUACUUUCAACAUUUUGUCAUCGUACUUUAUCUGUGACAAAUUGUGUCUUUGUUUUACCUAUACUUCUUUGUGUAUCACACGAUCACAUAAGCUUUGCUGUACAUUGUAGUACAACUCAGAAUGGUACAGGUGAUUGCACCCACUGCAUGUAUUUCCAGUGACGCUGCAAGGACACCCGUUGGUUGCAAUGGCCAGUAGCGAUCAGACGGUGGUAAUUGCGAUACAUAGUGUCUUCAAACGGCCGACACUCACCUCUCGAUCAGGGGCUACGACCGCGUCUCUGGGUCGGCCGUCAUUACUGAACUGUGUGUGUGCCGUUUGACCUGUUUUGGUCCAACUGUAUGCCUUGGAGUAUCCGUUUUUAUAAAACAUUGAACUUUG